AUGGUCGCGAUCGUCAGCAAGGCGACCGCCGGGGGCGGCGACAUCGAUAACCCCCGCUUCGAACGCGUCAACUGGCGCCAGGAGCCUCACUUGAAGAAGUUGUACUUCAUGUCCAUCUUCUUGCUGAUCGCUUCCGCCACCACCGGUUACGAUGGCAUGUUGGCCAACACUGCUCAGCAGAUGGACAAGUUCAAGCGCUACUUCUCCGCUGAGAACGGCAAGCAGAACGAUCCCACCAUCAUGCUUGGCUGUGUCAUCAUGAUUGUCGGUGGUAUCGUCUCUGCUGUCUGCAACGGUUACGGAAUGUGGAUGGCCGGUCGUUUCAUUCUCGGUUUCGGAAACUCUUUCGCCCAGAUGUGCUCUCCUCUUCUCCUCACUGAGAUCUGCCAUCCCCAGCACCGUGGUCCCUUGACCGCUGUCUACAACUGUCUCUGGAACUUGGGCGCUCUCAUUGUGUCCGUUGUCGCUUUGCGGUGUCUGGUGGAUUCCCGAGUCCCCCGUUACCUUGUGAGCAAGGACAAGGCCGACAAGGCUCUCGAAGUCCUCGUCAAGCACCACGGUGGUGGCGAUAUCAACAACGCCACUGUUCAGUUCGAAUACCGCGAGAUCAAGGAGACUAUCUCCAUGGAGGCCCAGGCCGACAGCAGCAGCAGCUACAUUGAUUUCUUCAAGACCAAGGGUAACCGCUGGCGAUUGGCCAUUAUCAUCUCUCUUGGUAUCAUCUCUCAGUACUCUGGCAACGCUCUCUUCUCCAACUACAUCGACCGUAUCUACGAGGGUGCUGGUAUUACCGGUGAGAACAAGAAGCUUGGUCUCUCCGCUGGCAAGACCAUCAUGGAUCUUACUAUUGCCAUUGGUGCCGCUCUUACCGUCGACAAGGUUGGUCGCCGACCUCUCUUCCUUGCCGCUAUCACCGGUAUGGUCGCUUCUUUCGUGUGCUGGACCAUUGUUGGUGCCGUCUACGAGAACUCCAACAUGACCAACGAGGGUGCCGGUAUUGCCCAGAUCGUCUUCGUCUGGUUCUUCGGUGUCUUCUACGACAUUGGUUUCUCUGGUCUCCUUGUCGCUUAUGCUCUCGAAAUUCUUCCUUUCGCUCUCCGUGCCAAGGGUAUGAUGAUUCUCAACAUCACUAUCCAGGCUAUCCUCGCUAUUGGUAACCAGACCAACCUCCUCGCCUGGAACAACCUUCCCCGCCACUGGCACUUCAUGUUGUUCUACACCCUCUGGGACUUCUGCGAGUUGAUCUUCGUCUGGUUCUUCUACGUCGAGACCAAGGGCCCCACCCUUGAGGAGAUUGCCCGCAUCUUUGAUGGUGAUGAUGCCGUCGCUCACGUCGACCUCGACCAGGUCGAGAAGGAGAUCCGCAGCGCCGAGCAUGACGAGGACAUCCACGCCGGUGGCCUCCGCUCCGAGAAGACUGCUGUUUAA